GUUGACAGCAUCGAAGCCGGAAGGUGCUCGUACCCAUUUUUUUCUGAUUUGGCACCACCUCUACAGUGUGUACACCGGUAUCAAAGUCUAGAUUGACAAUUUGACAUCCCAAUUUGCCGCACAUUGCGGAGGCCCUAAGAAUCUGCAACCUUGCUAGAGCUAGCUCCAAAGAUACAAACAACCUCAAGCCUCUCUCCAACACCAAACGUUCACGACGAAAACAGGAAAAGCUACGGACAAAAACGAGCGAUGCACACCCGCAGAAAACACACGGCUCACGCAAACCACACCUUCAGAUGGACACCCGCAGGAAGGUCCGGGCAGGCUCCUCCUCCCAUGGCUACACAUCGCGAAGAAAGGGAGCAGAUUCGUGUGUCACGCGGAUCCCAUGGCAACGGCGACCGGCCGGCCACUUACAUACACAGCACAGACACGCCAAAAUAUCGUCGACCGAACAAGGCAAAAUCGCAGUGGUACAUCAGACACUCGAAGAGAAGGCAAUCAAGAAAUGCAUACACACACACACACACCAUGCUCGCGACCUCACCGUCAUCACAGGUCAAGGUGCAGCCAUGGGGAAGCUGCCGUAGAAGGGCGUCGGCGCCCCUUCCACCGGCAAGCACUGGGCGGCUCGUCGUCCAUUCCGGGAGGGCGGCGGCCGCCUCCGUCCGAGCUGUCGCCGCCGAGACCGCGCAGACUUCUCCUGCACCACAGCCCCCGCCAUCGGACGCCGACGAGGACAAGACGCUGGCCAGCUACGUCCCGGUCUUCGUCAUGCUCCCCGUAACUGGAAGUGAUCACCGCGGAGAACGAGGUGGAGGGCGCGGGGGCGCUCCGGGCGCAGCUGCGGCGGCUGCGCGAGGCCGGCGUGGACGGCGUGAUGGCGGACGUGUGGUGGGGCAUCGUGGAGCGCGCCGGGCCGGCGCGGUACGAGUGGCGCGCGUACAGGGAGCUGUUCCGCCUGGCGCAGGAGGCAGGGCUCAAGCUGCAGGUCAUCAUGUCGUUCCACGCCUGCGGCGGCAACGUCGGCGACGCCGUCAACAUCCCGAUCCCGGCGUGGGUCCGGGAAGUCGGGGAGGCGGACCCGGACGUGUUCUACACGAGCCCCGGCGGGGCCAGGAACCAGGAGUACCUCACCAUCGGCGUCGACGACCGUCCCCUGUUCCACGGCAGAACUGCCAUCCAGCUGUACGCCGAUUUCAUGAAGAGCUUCAGAGAGAACAUGGCGGACUUCCUGGAGUCUGGACUGAUCGUGGACAUCGAGGUCGGGCUUGGCCCUGCCGGCGAGCUGAGUGCUACGACAGGUACCUGGAGGAGAAUUUCAGAGCGGCGGCGGCGGAGGCCGGGCACCCGGAGUGGGAGCUCCCGGACGACGCCGGAGAGUACAACGACACGCCAGACGACACGGCCUUCUUCACGGCGGACGGCCCCGACACCCCGACGUACCUCACCGAGAAGGGCAAGUUCUUCUUGACAUGGUACUCCAACAAGCUGCUCGAGCACGGGGACAGGAUCAUGGACGAAGCCAACAAAGCCUUCCUGGGCUGCACCGUCAAGCUCGCCGCAAAGGUGUCCGGGAUCCACUGGUGGUACAGGCACCCGAGCCACGCGGCGGAGCUCACCGCCGGGUACUACAACGUGGGCGGCCGCGACGGCUACGGCCCGGUGGCGCGCAUGCUGGCGCGGCACGACGGCGCCGUGCUCAACUUCACCUGCGCGGAGAUGAGGAACUCGGAGCAGGCCCAGGAGGCCCUUAGCGGGCCGGAGGAGCUCGUCCAGCAAGUGCUGAGCGCCGGGUGGAGGGAGGGGACCGAGGUGGCCUGUGAGAACGCGCUGCCCAGGUAUGACCGCCGGGCCUACAACCAGAUGCUCAAGAACGCGCGGCCCAACGGCGUCGGCGGCGCUCGGCCUCGGCUAGCUGCUGUCACGUACCUCCGGCUGACGGAGCAGCUCCUGGCCGGGAACAAGUUCCGGGCCUUCAAAACCUUCGUCCGGAAAAUGCACGCCGACCAGGAUUACUGCCCUGAUCCGGCCCGGUACCUCCGGCCGCUGAAGCCCCUGGAGCGGUCGAGGCCGGCGAUGCCCGUGGACAAGCUGCUGGAGGCGACUUCGCCGGAGGCGCCGUACCCGUUCGACCCCGAGACGGACAUGACCGUCGGCGGCGACCUCGCGGAGUUCAUCGACUGGGUGUUCGAGAAGGUCGAAUGGGUAUUCGGUUGAAAAGCCCCUAUGGCCUCAUACAUAAUCCCAUCUUACGGUUUUUACACGAUAACACAACUCAACAGAUGAGUAAAUCUUCGACAUACACGAGUCUAGUGGUAGCAGCAGAUCACUCUUAACAAGCACGAAAAUUACCACUUCUUUUCUUGGACGGAUUCGCCACGUAGGGGACCUGAUCAGAUGGACAGAAAUUGUGGUGUGAGACUCCACGCUACAGCUCAGAGGCACGUGCAUUGAUGAGUGGCUCCAUCAGUGGAUCGACCGUGAAUUAAGUCUGACAGGUACAGUGAACCCCGCAAGAAUUAAUAAAGCGUCGCGCUCAUGUGCUUUUGUGGUACGUAUAAGAUCGACGAAGCAGCACGCACCGAACCACGGACGAUUUUGGGAACGUGCUUCAUAGAUUAGCUCCAUGAUUGGGCAGUGCCUGCCUACGUAGUACAUUUUUUGUUCCGUAGUGCGACGGAUUUGGGUCGGGUUUGCCAGGGAGAUUUCACGAUUCCGGUCGCUGGUACCGUUGUUUAAUUGGACGGUUGGCGUCGAUGGUUCCGUUCCACCGGUGGCAAAAAAAAUUCGCGGCGGGGAGACGAUGAUCCGUCCAUGUUCAUAUCACAUCAUGUCAAAUCAUCAUCAUCCGUCCCCGCGCCCGGGUAGGCCGGCCCUGCAUGGGUGGUCGGUGCAUCGAGCCCAUCGGCAUUACACAUUUUAUGGGUACGUGAAAAACUCGUACGUGUAAACUACGGGUUUCUGUAUAUUCUGAAUAUUUUAGGACUCUUAGGGGUUUGCGGCAGAGAGAUCCGCUUUUUAAUUUGGUGAGCGUUGGCCAUCAUGCUUCAAUCUGCGAAGGAUAAGAAUCAUAUGGGAGGCUUGUUGCCGCAUCUUGUCCCAUGAGGAAUUUUACGCUUGCAGUAUGCGGAUGAUACAGUUUUGUUCCUUAAAAAUUGCGAUGGUGAAGUUUCUUCUCUAUUGUUUUGAGGAGAUGCUGGGUCUUAAAAUCAACUACACAAAGAGUGAGGUCUUUGUUGUUGGGUGUGAUGAACAAGAGCAGUAUAGGAUUGCUUCUUUGCUGAAUUGUGAAGUUGGACACUUUCUAUUGAAAUAUCUGGGCAUUCCAGUGGCCCCUAAGAAGUUGUUGUUGGA